GGGCAAACUAUUUACAAAGAGGAACAAAAGUCUGAAUCGCUUAAUCUUGGUUGAUUAUGUUCAUACCGAUUUUAUGCACAAUACCGCAAAGAUAGCUGCUAACAUCGGACGUAUGAGCUCAAAGACUAGAGAAGCAAAAAAGAGAAUGAUUGUAGUAGAAGAGAUCAAUGAGCUGUCAUUAGAAGAUACGGUGCAGAAAGUGCAUAUUGAUGAAGAAGUUUGUUAUAUUGCUAAGUCUUUUACGACGUAAGCUGUAUACGAUAUACCAACUGAACAAGGAAUGAUGACUGCAUGCAGUUGUAUAGACUUUCAACGAAAUAGGUGUGCCUGUAAGCAUAUGCAUUUG